GGGGGGGGGAGGAGAGGGAAGCUUUAAGUACCAUUUUGCCAUGUUUCAUUUGAUGUCAAAUCAGUUGUUUAGUUUUAGCCUGCAAGAGACUCCACCUCCUUUCAAAAGUCCCCUUAAACCCUGCAGAGAAUUUAUCCCAGCACAGCUCCUGCCUCACCCGUAACAGAUCAGCAAAGAAAACCAAAUGUCCUCCGUCCCGCUGAAGAGGAUCAAAUACCUGGUGCCUUGGAAAACCACUGCUCUCAAAAAGAAGGAUUUCCACUUGGAUUGAAGUUUUUUCUGGCUUGAUACUUCCUUUUACAUUUUCUUGGCCCUACAAAUAAUCUAAAGGAAAAGAGCUGUUCUUUAGUUUUUGCUCUUCAAGCAUAGGUUAAAAUGCCAGGCAAGGAAGAGUCCCUCGGUACCACUCAUCUCCUGAAACUACAUUGCAUCAUUUGGAAAACAGGACGAGAGGACAUGAGACAUCUCAUCCCAAUGUCUUUUUAACGGCACUUAGGUCAUAUGCAUGGGGGUUCAUAAUACCAGCGUCUACUGCAAGAAAAUGAGCAGAUGCCGGAAGAUUUCAUUUUAUGCUUAGCUGAAGAAAAAAAAAAACAUGAGCACAUUUUCCAUUUUAAAUGCUAGCAACAUGUCACAAGCUGACUCCCUUGAGGACAGCAGCAAUUGGACAGCAGUAACCCAGUUUACCCAGCCAGGCUGGCGAAUUGCUUUGUGGGCUAUCACCUAUUCCUUCAUUGUCAUCACAUCCAUCGUUGGCAACAUCACCAUCAUCUGGAUUAUUCUUGCACACAGGAGAAUGAGGACCGCUACCAAUUACUUUAUCGUUAAUUUGGCUCUUUCGGAUUUGCUGAUGUCCACUUUCAAUACCAUCUUCAACUUUAUUUAUGCCAGUCACAACGUCUGGUAUUUUGGUGAGGAAUUCUGCAGGUUUCAGAACUGGUUUCCCAUCACCGCAAUGUUUGUGAGCAUUUAUUCCAUGACAGCCGUGGCUGCAGAGAGGUACGUGGCAAUAAUUCAUCCCUUCAAGCCCAGGCUCUCUGCAGGAAGCACCAGAGUCAUCAUAGGGAUAAUCUGGCUGGUGGCAUUUGGGCUUGCCUUCCCACAGUGCUUCUACGCUGAGAUCAUGAUGGACAAUGGAACGAUAAAAUGCAUCGUUGUCUGGCCUGAUGAUGUCGGCUCAAAACACCAGCUCACGUAUCACAUUGCAGUGAUUGUGCUGAUUUAUUUACUGCCUUUACUGGUGAUGUUUGUUGCGUACAGCAUUAUAGGAAUUACUCUGUGGAGCAGUGCAGUUCCAGGCAACCACCUUAACAGAGCCCGCUACGAACACCAAGUUAAUGCCAAAAAAAAGUUUGUGAAGACCAUGGUGGUAGUUGUGAUCAUUUUUGCUGUCUGCUGGCUGCCCUAUCACAUAUACUUCAUCCUGGGAAGCUUCAAGGAAGACAUCUACCAGCAGAAAUACAUUCAACAGGUUUAUCUUGCAGUCUUUCUCCUUGCCAUGAGUUCAACAAUGUACAACCCCAUCAUAUACUGCUGUCUUAACCAAAGGUGA